GUUGAACUACAGUCUACAUACUUACAACUUGCAACGACCAGGACAAGACCAGGAUGCCAACUAAUGACCAUAAAGCGCGUUCACGAGGACCUUCUCUCGUUGUACGAUUCUAUUUAAUUGCAUUCAAUGCAUUAUCUGCGGCAGGAUGGGCCUAUGUCAUUUACCUGGCUCUUGGCGUAUUCAUAGGUCAAAGUGCUUCAAGUUCAGCAUACGACUUCUUCAAACCACUUGCUUCAUACGUGCCGACUUCUGUCGUAGCCCUAUUCACCCCGCAGUCUAACACAUCGAACCAUUUCUCCACUACUCUCGCAUAUUUCUUGCGUCCGUAUUUCCCCGUGACAUACAACUCCACAUUCUUCGCCCUUGGGCCUGUGCAGUCCCUCGCAGCCCUUGAAAUCCUGCAUGUCCUUCUUGGGUUUGUGCGCUCCCCGCUCCCGACAACCGUCAUUCAGGUCUCCUCACGCCUCAUUCUGGUUUGGGGUAUCGUCGAGCGCUUUCCCCACACCCACUCGAGCCCAAUAUAUACCACCAUGGUCCUUGCCUGGGCGCUGACCGAAGUUCCACGUUAUGCAUACUACGCGCUUUCGCUUACGGGCUGUGGCGUGCCCGCGUUGCUUACGUGGAUACGCUAUUCCACAUUUUAUGUCCUGUACCCCAUCGGUGCAGGAAGUGAGGCCCUCGUCAUGUUGAGCACCAUUCCAGAAUGGAAUGGCGGGAAGUGGUCAGCGUGGGGCACCGAGGACUGGGUCAAGGCAGGUAUGGUAGCAAUUUGGGUGCCUGGGCUGUGGAUGAUGUACUCACAUAUGAUGCGCAUGCGCCGUAAGGUGCUUGGUGUUGGUAAGGGCCAGAAGUUGGGAGCGAAGCCCAAAGACAGGCUCAAGGCGGAGUGAGAACUGCCAUGAAUGUAGGCGGGGACAAAAAAAAUGCUGACUAUUCACGAUACCCUGGAAUCACUUAUUUUACGAUAUCGUCACGCCUAGACUCGUCUCCACCAUUUGUGUAGUGCAACUCGGUAUGUGCAGAGUCUUGUACAUCGUCUUCGAUGGGCGGAAGGCUGCACAUCUCGCGUUGUACAUCCAGGUACACAGGGACUUACGCAGG